CCGAGCUAGCUCUGCAGACUAAACCUGACCGCUGAAUCACGGGUCGCAUUUUUCUGCUCUUACAAAUCUCCAAAGUUUAUAGAGAGACGACAACAAAAGCUAGACUGUGCAAGGAAGAAAAAACAAAACAACUUCAACUCCUCUUCCGAUGCAAGAUUGAACCACGUGCUUGGAUAGUUUAAUCAUAACGCGCCUACUUAAAGCGGUGAGAAGAGGGAAAGCAGUCUAUUUCUUUCCCGCGGACGUUAGACUCAUCGGCAGGAUGAUAGCUUGGCUGGGUUUCUUCUAUCACCCAUUCUGGGCUGUUUCGACGGCGCUGCUGGCUGCUGUUGUGCGCCUGCAGAUGCGAAACCACUGGAAUCCACAAACCUGCGCCGUGCGGCUGACAGGGAAGACUGCUAUAGUGACGGGAGCCAAUACUGGGAUUGGAAAGUUCAUUGCCCUGGACUUUGCACGUCGUGGGGCUCGUGUUAUCUUGGCUUGUCGGAGCGAGGCAAGGGGCACAGCAGCACUUAACGAAAUUAGGGAAAAAACAGGAAACUCUGAUGUACAUCUGCGUCUGGUGGACCUUUCCUGUAUGGACUCUGUCCGAGCAUUUGCUGAGAGGAUUCUUAAAGAGGAGAAGGCGCUGCACAUCCUCGUCAACAAUGCUGCAGUAUCAGGUUUACCGAGGAACAUAACCAAAGACGGAUUUGAGGAAUCUUUUGCUACUAACCACCUGGGACCUUUUCUUCUCACCAACCUGCUGCUGGACCUGAUGAAGAGUUCGUCUCCAUCCCGUAUCGUCAGCGUCAGCUCAGUCAACCACAAGAAGGGUAAAGUGGACUUUUCUCAUUUUCACGGCAAGAACCUGACCUAUCGCAUGGAUCAAGUCUACAACAACACUAAGCUGCACAAUAUCAUCUGUACCAACGAGCUAGCACGCAGACUAAAAGGCACAGAUGUAACUGCAAACUCCGUCCACCCCGGUAUUGUGAUGACAGAAGUAAUGAGACACUAUUCGUUUUGGAUCCGUUGGAUUUUCAACUUCAUUGGGUUUUUCUUUUUCAAGUCACCAGAAGCAGGGGCAGUGAGCACAAUUUAUUGUGCUGUAGCAGAGGAGCUGGAGGGUGUAACCGGGAAGUAUGUUGAUAGCGACUGUUCCCUGACUCUGCCUAUCCCUUUAGCUCGGGACGCUGCCCUCGCGGUCAAGGACUUUGAAUUCUGCGAAAGACUGACAUCAAAGCUCUGAAGGGUUUGAUAACAAGAGAGGUCAAAUUCCAAAGUCAUUCACACUGCACCUACUGCCUAUGCAAUUCUGCCACCACAAUAUCUGAUUUUUACUAUUUUGCCUUAAGUAAUUUGCAUGCACAUUUUCUUUAAAUAAUUGUAUUUUUGUUAAUAAAGUUUACCCAACAGUGACCA